AUGAUAUUAUCUCACAUAAAUACAAUCACUAGACAGCCAUAGUUUGGAGAGUUUGAUGAGGAAUUAAUACAAUCUCUCUAAAUAUCUAGCAAAGAAAAAGAAACUCGUAGAGAGAACUUGUUUUUAGAUAAAGACUUUCCACCAUGCAGGAAAUCAUUAGGUAGAUAUGAUGAUGUCAAAGAAAUAGCAUAGCAUGAAUAAGAUAAUUUAAUUACAUGGAGGAGAUUAGUUGAUGUCUAUUAUGAUACUCUUAAUGGCAAAGGGGAUUAGACUCAUAUCUUUGAUGAUACUCUGCAAUUAGAUGAUUUAAAGGAAAGCCCUUAUCUUUAAAAUAAGUCUUUCCUUCAUGCAAUAAGACUGCUUUAUCACUAAUCCCCAAAUCUUGUGAAAUCUCUAUUCUUGAAUAAAAACAGUGAAAGUUCUCUUUAUCAGUUUAGAUUCUACCUAAAUGGUGAGCCUAAAACUGUAUCUAUUGAUGAUUAUGUUCCUUAUCAUUAGGACUAAAUGAUAGGGAUAUAUAUGAAGAAUAAGAAUACAUUCCCUUGGAUCUCACUACUUGAAAAAGCAUGGGCUAAGGUUUGUGGAUCUUAUGAGAAAUCAGCUCAUAUACACACAUUGGAAGUACUGAAAUAUCUGACUAAUGUUCCAACAUAGAUGCUUCAUCAUGAUUAUUCCGAACCUGAUGAAAUAUGGAAAGUUUUAUGCGAGCACAUAAAGAGUGGAAGCAUGAUAUUUUCAAGUUCAGGAAAUGAAAGAUCAAUAAGUGAGACUCAUUCAAAUGGAGCUCAGAUAUUUUCUAUUUGUGAUGCUUUUGAAAUAAUUAUACCCAACACUGAUUAAAAAGUCAAAUUAGUUAAGAUGAAAGAUUUAAGUAACUAGACUGAUUGGACUGGCGAGUGGUCAAGCAGAAGCAAUAUCUGGUCGCAGCAAAAUGGUGAAGAGCUCAAGCAACUCCUUAGCUAUCAGAAAGUAUACGAGGAAUAAAAUUAAUACUAUAUCAGUUUCGACGAUUAUAUCAGUUAUUACAACUCAACUUGUCUGUGCAAGAUGCACUUUAGCAAGCAUUCAACUUUCUAGAGAGAGAAUCUGAGAUUAAGCCAUAUGCAAGGAUCGUUUGCUUUAGCUAGAUUCUAAAUUCACCAGAAGAGCUAAAAGACUUAUAUCAAUGUUCAUUAAGUCAAUUAGAGAUUAGUUAUUAAUAAUAAUGAAGAAGAGAAAAAUUAGUAAAAUUAUGAGAUUUCAAAGGCAAGAAUAAUAAUUGGCAAAAUUCUCAACAAUGGAAAGUUGGAUUAUUUGAAGUGUGUAUUCGGGGUAAGUGAAGAUCUAGUGAUGGAAUUAUCAGGAAUUGAGUCUGGAGCAUAUUUGAUCUACAUUGAAAUGGAGUGGGUUAAACCCGAUCUCAUCACCUCAUUUGUGCUUUCAUCUUAUUCAGAUCAGGUUUUAGGGCUUGAGGCAGCUGAUAAAAAUGAAUACUAUAAGGAUGGAAAAUAUAUGAUACUUGAAGAGCUUAUGAAAUCUUGUGCAGUCAAAAAUGAAAAGAAGAGGACAUAUUAUGAAAACCAAAAAGGCCAUGUGAAAUCGCUGUAUAAAGUAAUUUAAAUGACUGAUGGCCAAGGUGGCGAUGUUGGCUAUAUUUACUAUUCAAAUUUUAAAACAUCUCAAGAGUAGCAAGAACUGCCAAUCCUCUAAGAAAAAUUGAUAUUCAAAGAUAUUAAAAAUCUAAAGAUACAAGGAUUAAACUCUGAGACUCUGGAGCUGGAAAUAAAUCUCAAGCCCAAUUCAGAUAUUAUUUAUCUAAUAAGAAAAUUAGGAACACCAUAAGAGAGUUCUUCAUAUAAAUUUGCUAAUUAUACAAGACUAACUUAUGACGCAGAAAUAACUCCUGAUGAAAUCAGAGAAAAAGGCAAGAAAUUCAUAGUAAGUGAUGAAUAAAAAGGCAUAUAAUACAACUAGAACGUUUAUAUCCUUCAAAAUGAAGAUGGAUUCUCUUUCUUAUUCGAUAAUCAAGAGACAACAAAGGUUUUACUGUCAAGAGUCAUUUUGAAUAUUGAAAACUUAGCCGAAUAAAAAAAUGCAAGCUAAGUUGGCAGCUAAGAAGUAUCCUCAAUGCAUAAUAGCAAUGAGUGGAGAUUGAGAAUUCUUCCAGGUCAGCACGAUAUUAAGCAUCUGAAGAUAAUUGAUAUCACUAAGAAGACAUCACUUAAAUACUCUCUCAAUUUUAAAAUAUACGAUGUAGAGCCUAUAAGCGACCAGAACUUAAUCAUAGAGAAAUGCAAGAAAGAAGGUAAAGUGCAUCACAUAGAAUUUGAUGGGCGUAAAUACGAUAUAUUCUACUAUAAUGUGAUGAUUGAUGAUAGAUAGUAUUGGUACUUUGAGAAUAACGAAGCUGAAAAGGAAUUUGAUGCAACUUUUGGAAUGAAUAUGCAGAACUUUGAGGAUGAUAAGGGCUAGACAGAGGUAUAAUGGGAAAUUAAGAUUGGCCCUAAGUCAGAGCAUAAGACAGCUCUUAAAACUCUAUACAUGAAAGAGCCAUUUGAGAAGAGUAAUAUUAGUUACACUUCUAGUUACAUGGUCAAAUGA